AGAGAGUUUGCCUUGUAGCAAAAGAGGGAAGGGUAACAAUUUAUAGCACUUUCAAUAAACAUGAUAGAUUAAGUAUUCCUUGUAACUUGUUAAGCAGCGACAGUAUGGUUAGAUACACAGAAUUUGGAACUGGGCAUACUCAAGCAAUUGUUGGGGAGAAACUAAAACCUAUGACAGCACCAUAUGACCCAAGAUUCCCAAAUCAAAACCAGACAAGAUAUUGUUUCACUAGUUUCGUGGAUUUUCAACGUUGUAAGAAUCGUCAUAGCGAACAGUAUGAGGCUUGUCAAUACUUCCAAAAAGUAUACAGGGCAAUGUGUCCGAACGCUUGGUUAGAAAAAUGGGAAGAACAACUUGAAAGUGGAACAUUUCCAGCAAAACUGGAUUAAUACAUCAAAGGCACUGUAUUGUGAUUGCCUCCUUAGUAACAUUCUUUAUAUGACAACAGGAGUUUUGAAAUUCUACCUGUUUGU